UUUUACCCCUUCCUAUAAAUAAACCCAGAUUACAUUCACAUUCUAAAAUCACAAAUCAAAAUCAAAAACCACUCAUGGCCUCCCAAACACACCUGGGUGAGGAGAACAAGGAAGAAGAACAACAACAUAAACUCAAGUACCUAGAGUUCGUGCAAGUUGCCACCGCCCAAGUCCUCAUGCGUUGCGCCACCGUCUACGGUUGCGCCAAGGAACGCUCCGGCCCUCUCAAGCCGGGCGUACGCGCCGUCGAGGGAGCCGUCAAGAAUGCAAUCGGCCCCGUCUACGACAAGUUCCACCUCGUUCCCGACGAGCUCCUCCGCUACGCCGACCGCAACCUCCACAACUCAAUCUCCGCCGCGCAUAGGGCUCCGGUCGCCGCCCGAACCACCGCCUCGGAGAUGGCGAGGAGCGUUUACUCAAAGUGCGAGCCGGCGGCGAAGGUGCUGUACGAGAGGUACGAGCCGAAGGCGGAGCAGUGCGUGGCGUCGGCGUGGCGGAUGCUGAACCGGCUGCCGCUGUUUCCUGCGGUGGCGAAUGUUGUUGUGCCGAAAGCGGCGUAUUGUACGGAGAAGUAUAAAGAGACGGUUGUGGCGGCGGCGGAGAAGGGUUAUAGAGUUUCGGCGUACCUGCCUUUGGUGCCUGUGGAGAGGAUAGCUAAGGUGUUUAUUGAAAAAGAAAAGAAACUUGAAUGAGGAACACAAAUGGAACAGUGGCCAAAGACAAAAAAAAAAAUACCAAAAUGUGACUUGAUAUAUUUCAUUACACGGAGUAGCGAAAUAUGCCAAGUCAGAACCAAAAAUGUCACGUGUUAGAGAAUUCUCCCUGUCUAACACGUGACAUUUUUGGUUCUAUCCAUUCUGACGCGACAUAUUUCGCUACACCAUGUAACAAAUUAUUUACACAUAUAUUUCGCUAGACAGAAUAGCAAAAUAUGUCACGUGACAUUUUGACAAAAUUUACUCAGCAUGAUAUUUUGGUGUGUUUUUUUGCCAACGCACUUUGGCCACUGUUCCAACACAAAUGCUCCGCUCAUCGGUGCUAGUUUUGUGUUGCUACGAGGAUUUAGCUUAUGGGAUUGAAAACUUGGGAAUAUUAUGUGGAAAAAUGUGUAUGGUUUUAAAGAAAAUGUCUAUUAUUUUAAAGUAUGUAAAGUUAUAUUAUUUUAACAAAGAAAUAAAGAUAGAUAAAG